CACCAGUGGUUUAGCAUAGCACCCUCUGAAUAAUCCAGUAACACACGGACCUUAACGUGAUAUAAAAGAGUGGCGUGCUUGUGACAGUCACCUCGUCUGUGUAUGAGUCGACUUGCGUUGAUUUGGACGUUUUUAUUUUGAUAAAGAAAGAAAGAAAAGCUCAGCGGUUACGUGCGUGUUUAUGUUAGCCUGCUAAAUCCAGCUAACUAGCAUCCUGGUUUAACAGGACACCAGUCAUUACACUGACAGGCAGCAGGAAAGCUUCUUGAAUCUUGAAUCUUGAAAUAUAGAUCUGUGAAAACUUUAAACAAUGGAUUGUGACUCGGAAGCUACAUCAGAGCGAAUUCUGCUGGAACCCUACAAGUACUUGUUGCAAUUACCGGGAAAGCAGGUGAGGUCAAAACUAUCCCAAGCAUUUAACCACUGGCUGAAUGUUCCAGAGGGCAAACUGCAGGGGAUCAUCGAGGUGACAGAGAUGCUGCACAACGCCAGCCUGCUCAUAGAUGACAUCGAGGACAGCUCCACGCUGCGGCGAGGCUUCCCAGUGGCCCACAGCAUCUACGGCAUCCCCUCCGUUAUCAACUCAGCCAACUACGUCUACUUCCUGGGCCUGGAGAAGGUGCUGACCCUGGAGCACCCCGAGGCUGUCCAAGUGUUUACCCAGCAGCUGCUGGAGCUGCACCGCGGUCAGGGGCUCGACAUCCACUGGAGGGACACCUACACCUGUCCCACUGAGCAGGAGUACCGCAACAUGGUGCUGCAGAAAACUGGAGGGCUCUUUGGCCUGGCCGUGGGCCUGAUGCAGCUCUUCUCCGACUGGAAACAGGACCUGAAGCCUCUCCUAGACACACUGGGCCUCUUCUUCCAGAUCCGCGACGAUUACGCCAACCUGAGCUCUCGCGAGUACAGCGAGAACAAGAGCUUCUGCGAGGACCUCACAGAGGGCAAGUUCUCUUUCCCAACCAUCCAUGCCAUUUGGUCGCGUCCCGAGAGCACACAGGUGCAGAACAUCCUGAGGCAGCGCACGGAGAACAUGGACAUCAAACGCUACUGUGUGGACUACCUGGAAAAGGUGGGCUCUUUCGCCUACACCCGACAGACCCUGCGCGACCUGGAGAUAGAAGUGUACCACCUCAUCGAGAAGCUUGGGGGAAACCCUCAACUGGAGAGCCUUGUCAAACACCUCAGCAAAAUGCAUCAAGAGGCUGAAGCCACAGCAGAGGCGAGUCCUGAGCCACAGUCAAAAUGACUGACAUCAUCCAACCUUUACCGCUGCAUCACUGACAUUCUACACCCCCACACUCCAGUGAUACAGAGGUACACAUUUACCAAAAACCUCAUCACACAUUGCGGGGUGACGGCAAUCAGCAGAACCAAAACCGCAAAGCACCCCCAAAUGUUGCCUUUCUCUUUUGUAUGCUAGAUGGCAUCCUUCACAUGAUGUCACUUGUUUGUAUCCAACUGUAGAUGUGCAGUCAGUGGAAGAAAUACAUUAAAAAAGAAAACAUCUUAUGUUGGUAUUGUUUGGUUUUCUGAAAAUGAAAACAUAACCAGAUGUCAACAAAGCUUAAAAGGCUUUUUUUUUCAUGUGCAAAUUAAUGUAUUUUUGUUUUGUUAUACAUCCAAACAGAAAUGGUUUAUCUGCAGCUGAAUAAAAACUUGGUGUUAAGAAUAA